GCGGAGCCGGGCCCGCCCCUGGCUUCCACCCCCGGAGCCCACAGCGUCCGCCUGCCCGCGGCCGCACGGGAGCUCGUUCAGCCCCAGGCUACGCUCGCCCGCCCGCGCCCGCGCCCGCGCCCGCGCCUGCGACUGCCCCUGCGGCUCUACGGCCCGGUGUUAGUUCAGCACAGAAACUCAGAAGACAAAGACAAGUUCUACUACAAUGUCGUACAGACGGGAACUAGAGAAAUACCGCGACCUGGAUGAAGAUGAAAUCCUCGGAGCCCUGACAGAGGAAGAGCUCAGGACUCUGGAAAAUGAGCUGGAUGAGCUCGACCCUGAUAAUGCACUGCUGCCCGCAGGCCUGAGGCAGAAGGAUCAGACCACCAAGGCGCCCACGGGCCCCUUUAAAAGGGAGGAGCUCUUGGAUCACUUGGAAAAGCAAGCAAAGGAGUUUAAGGACCGAGAAGAUCUGGUCCCCUACACAGGGGAAAAGCGAGGCAAGGUCUGGGUCCCCAAGCAGAAGCCGAUGGAUCCUGUGCUGGAAAGUGUGACAUUGGAGCCGGAGUUGGAGGAGGCGCUGGCGAACGCCUCAGAUGCCGAACUCUGUGACAUCGCAGCUAUCCUGGGCAUGCACACGCUCAUGAGCAACCAGCAGUACUACCAGGCCCUGGGCAGCAGCUCCAUCGUGAACAAGGAGGGCCUCAACAGUGUGAUUAAACCAACACAAUACAAGCCUGUGCCCGAUGAAGAACCCAAUUCAACAGACGUGGAGGAAACGCUAGAGCGGAUAAAGAAAAAUGACCCAAAACUCGAAGAGGUUAACCUCAAUAACAUCCGGAAUAUCCCCAUACCCACCCUCAAGGCAUACGCAGAGGCCCUGAAAGACAACUCAUAUGUGAAGAAGUUCAGCAUUGUGGGGACACGGAGCAAUGACCCCGUGGCGUAUGCCCUUGCUGAGAUGCUCAAGGAGAACAAGGUGUUAAAGACACUGAACGUGGAAUCCAACUUCAUUUCCGGAGCUGGGAUCCUGCGCCUGGUGGAAGCCCUUCCAUACAACACUUCUUUGGUGGAACUGAAAAUCGAUAACCAGAGCCAGCCCCUGGGCAACAAGGUGGAGAUGGAGAUCGUGAGCAUGCUGGAGAAGAACACAACGCUUCUGAAGUUCGGCUACCACUUUACCCAGCAGGGCCCGCGGCUGCGGGCGUCCAACGCCAUGAUGAACAACAACGACCUUGUGAGGAAGAGGAGGCUCGCGGACUUGACUGGGCCCAUCAUUCCCAAGUGCCGGAGUGGAGUCUAGUGCAUGGCGGUGACGACCAUGCCUUUGAACUGGACAUGUUCUACUGAUAAUCUGUGCUCUGCAGUGGAAACCGGAAGGCAAAAUGCCGGCACAAAACCCUUUUGUGGUUCAGUUCUUUAUGCACUAAGGUUUUAGGUUAACUAGUGGUUAUAGUUCGAAAAUUUUAUAAACUAUGGUUAAUGUGAAGUUUUUCUUUAGUCACAGUUCAGUCUGGUUAUUAUUUAAAAACUAAGAAGCCCCUGAACCAGCAGAUCUUACUGAAGAUGACAUUAUAGCAGCAGUGACUUAACCCCAAGAGCCCAGUUUCAGUGGUCUUGCUGUGGUGUUUCCAGUGUAUUUAAAAUGCGUAACACAUGAACAAACAUAACACACUUGAGUAACACAAGAAUAAUACACUCUUCUGUGUGGUUUAGAAUCAUUAUAAAAUACUUUAUUACAAAUUUGAUCUUAGUUAUUAUAGCAAAGAGAACAGGUUCUUUAUUAACUCUCCUUUAAAAUGUAAGAACCUCAAGAUUAAAGUUGCCAAAUUGAUUCUGGGAUCAAGAUCACAAUUUCUCCUCUCAAGAAAGACAGAAAGACUAAAGCCACAGAGCUAUGCCAGGAAUAAAAAAAACAUGAGAUUUCUUUUUGCUGGAUACAAGGAAAUGACAGAAAAGCUGGUGAUGAAAUUCUAAGUUUCAAAAAUUAUCCUUUCUUUACCAAUCCCAGGCAACAAACAGCAACUUGAGUGUUCUGUAUGAUAUCUGGGAUUUACUUACAAUUUGAAACCGGAGUCAAAAUUUUUUCCUUAUCGAAUGCCAACCUUGUGAUGGAUGGGAAAACCUAUGGCCAAAUGCUUUAAAACACCUUUCUAUACUGCGCAUGGGCUAAUGGCUUACGUGAGGUCAGACAUCAGAGGGAUACAUUUCUAGCCGCUGUGGCUAUGCUGACAGACUUUACCUACCUGUGGCAGCACUUAUUAGACGAGUCACUGCUAAUCUCAUGCCCAUAAAAAUUAAGCUUCUGAAGGCCAAUGGUGAAGACCCAGAUAUUAAAGAGUUAGGAACCCUGGCAAAACCAUCCCAAGAUUAUUUUGAAAAUGUAAGUUUGGUAUUCCUGCCACAUCUCUUUCUAAUAUCUGCACUUCUGGGGAUCCAGCAAAAAAGUGAUGCCACAAUGCCCUUGUGCCUUUUACCAUACCACAGUGCCAGUUCAGCUAGCAUCCCUGCUGCCUGCGGGGUGAGACUGGACACAUCUUAGGAUAAAGGCGAGGCUGCAGAGCACUGAGCAGAGAGGCUUUUCGUGAAAAGGGCAAGGCCGGCGCACUGAAUUGCAGUGAUGUGCACAGUGCGGGCAAACCUGAGGUGGAGCCAGGGCCUCACCGCUACGGAAGAGUGUCACUGCGGCUGCAGGUGGGCCCGGGAGUGGCGCUGCGCUGCAGGGACAGCCGUCCCGACCGGCUUCUCCUUGACACACAAUUGCAGCUGUAUUCUGCAUCACUGGAAACCGCAACAUAACAUUAAAUCUGUUGGUAUGUGAA